CCCACGAUCCUAUCACGGUGGAGCGACGCGCUAUCCAGCGCACCAACCUGCAUCACGUGGUAACGCGCACGAUCUCCAAAACGUGUCGCCCGGUUCAAUCGAAGCGUCGGCUCUGUCCAAACAGCUACGACACGCUACCCUUCGGUUACAAGGCGACAUGAACGAUUGUACACGGCGUGCAAAGUAUUUGAGUCCGUUAACGAUAACGAAGAAAAUAAGCAAUUCGCCUCGACGUUGCUCUCACUCUCAAUGUAUAUCCUCGCACGGCACGUGCGAAACACACACACACACACACACACACACACACACACACACACACACACACACACAUACAUGUGCAUCUCCGAAGAAGCCGUGCGCCAGUACGACGCGGUAACCGAUCACAUUACCAGAUGAAUCGGAGUUCGGAGUACUCGCCAUGGACACGCGUUGGAAGCAUCCUUUUUCCGCCAUCGUCGCCGGACCAUCCGGCUGCGGGAAAUCUAAUUUCGUCAAAACAUUUCUGCGACACAUCGGUGAUAUGUGCGACGCAAAGUUCGCGCGAAUCAUCUGGUAUUACGCAGAAUGGCAACCGCUGUACGGCGCAACGGCGACGUCCGAUCGUUCGCCGGUUAUCGAGUAUCGCGAGGGAUUACCCCAGCAGGGUGACUACGACUCCGACGACGCGAAACUUCCAAAGUUGCUGAUUCUAAACGAUUUGAUGCGCGAAUCGUCCAACGGGGCCGUCGUCGAUCUCUUCACCAAGGGGUGUCACCACAAGAAUCUCAGCGUGUUUCUCAUCACGCAGAAUCUCUUUCAUCAAGGUCGCGGUCAGCGGGAUAUCUCGCUGAACGCGAACUAUAUAAUAUUCUUUAAGAACCCCCGCGACCGGGCGCAAAUACAACACCUCGCGCGCCAAGUUUACCCCGAGGAUCCGCGCUUCGUACAGGAAGCCUACAACGACGCCACAAAUCGGCCCCACGGAUAUUUACUGCUCGAUCUGAAGCAAUCGACGCCCGAAAACUGCCGAUUUCGCACAGAUAUAUUUCCCACGGACGAACACCGCUACGUUUACCUACCGCGGAAGGAUAUAAAGCGAGACGGGCCGCGGGGUGCUCCAGUAUUUCACCUGUAA